AUGUGUUGGUUUCUUGUAGUUCUGUUUCUCAGUCUCACUUAUGGUAGUGUUUCAGAGGCUCAUGAGAAGAAGGACCAUUCUGCUGUUGUAGUUGGCACUGUUUACUGUGACACAUGUUCUCAACAUGAUUUCAACCCCAAAACCCACUUCAUUUCAGGUGCCAAAGUUGGUGUAGAAUGCAAAUUUGGGUAUUCAGUACCAAGUUUCAAGGAAGAAGUGGAGACAGAUAAACAUGGUGAAUUCAAAGUGAAGCUACCAUUCAAAGUGUGGAAGCAUGCACAGAGAAUCAAAGGCUGCACUGUCAAACUCAUUAGUAGCAGUGACUCAAAUUGUGAUGUGCCCUCAGUUUCCACAUCUUCUUCAGUCAGUCUCAUUACAACAAACCAAGAAGAACACAUUUUCUCAGCUGGCUUCUUCUCAUUCAAACCUAUUCAAAAACCAAGCUUUUGCAACCAAAAACAAAGUGUUUCAAACCCUUCUACAUUACAUGAAAAUUCAGCAGUAGAUACCUUUUUCCCUCCAUUACCAUUCCCCCGCCUACCUCCAUUUCCCCUCCUACCUCCAUUUCCUCUCCUACCUCCAUUUCCCCUCCUACCUCCAUUUCCCCUACUACCUCCAUUUCCUUUACUACCACCCAAUCCAUUCCUACCUCCAAACCCACUCCUACCUCCUCUUCUACCUCCACAGACUCCAAAUCCAGUGCCGACACCUCCAAGUCCACUUCUACCUCCCCAGACUCCAAAUCCAGUGCAACCACCUCCUGCUCCACUGGCACCACACUAA